AGUACUCACUGUUCUCUGUAUCAACAACCAGCUGUUAUGGCAGAAAAUCUGCAGUUUUCAGAUGGUUUACAAAUAGGAGUUGAUGUUUUGAAUGAAGAUUUUGAUACAGAAGUUUUGUCUCAGUGCCCAUCUGAUAACGUUGGAUGUGUUCCCAAUGAUGAAUCUGAGCUGGAACCUUCUGUUACUUCUCCUAAAGAUUGCUUAGGUGCAACAAUCUCGGCCAUUAAUCCUGACCCAGCACUAUCACUGGCAAGAAUCCAGAGAUCAAAGUCAAGGCAAAGGGCGCUAGAGCUUCGCAAUAGUGCAAAAGCAGCUAAAAGCAGUUCAAUUUCUAAGAAGAGUGUUGAUGCUUGCAAUAGUCAAGUCACGGGGUCCAAGAUUACAUAUUUGCAGUUUGGGAUGGAUGAGGUGGUGUUGGACAAAGCUGUUGAUAGAGACAUCAGAAAUUGUGCAGUUGAUAAGGAAAACAUUGAUCCAUGCCAAAGCAGUGAGAGGUGUGAAAAUGUUUACUCAGGUAGAAUUACAAGAUCUAGAAGUUCUGCCCAAUUACCAAAGUCUGUAAAUGGUCCUUCAAGUGCAGGCAACUCUUAUAUUGCAAAGAAUGAUGGUGAUACACCUACAGAGUUGUUAGCCAAAUCAAAACAAGAGGCUGUUGAUGGAUUCUUGAGACUGGGAAAAUCUUCUGCCAUCUCUGAUGACAGUUGUGGAAUGAGGAAUGCAAAAGCAGGAAAUAAUGAGAGCAAUGAAAAGGCAAGCAAUGCUGAUCGGAGAAGAUUAACAAGAUCUAAAAGUUCUAGCCAGCAGCAUGAAUGUGUGAAGGAAUUCCAAAAAUUGGGCAGGUGCUAUGACAAGAAUGAGGAAGAUGGUAUUCACAAAUCAAAGCAGCAACCAGACUGUAUUAAUGAGAUAAUGAAGAUGGUCAAGUCUUUUGAUAAUGCUGAUGAAAGCUGUAGGAUAAAAGCAAAAAUGGUGGACUGCCAGAUGCAGGAGAAUAUUGUGAAUAAAUCUAAUGGUAUAAAUGCAAUUUCAGGAAACCAUUGUGCUAGAUCUUUCAACUCCUUAACUUCUGUAGAUAAUGAAGUCACAGAGUGGAGACCUGUUGCUCCCAACAAGUCUCCCCUUGCAAAGUCGUUAAACAGGUCUCAAGAGGUUGCCCGUCAGAUUGUUUCAUGUCCUAAAGUAAAUCCUUUGCCCUGUACUGUUGGCAUUGACAGCAUUGACUCAGAUAAAUGUUAUGCAAUUGUUGCUGACACUGAUGUAGAUUAUGGUGAGCUAGAUGAAGCUCAUUCUGGUAAUUCAUCAUCCAAGUCAAGCAGUGCCAACAAUCUUUCACUGGUUAAAUCAUCCAAUGGGUUUGAAGUAGAUGGAUUGGAAGUUACAGUGUCAAGUCCACAGUCUGCAUCUCCUAUGAUUGUGAAGCCCAAGCAACUUGAUUUUGAUGAUAUGGAAGAACGCAGGUUGAAUCAAGAUUCUAGUUUUUCAUGGAAGGAGGAAGAAGAAAUCAAAUCAUCAGAGAGGAAGUCAUGUAUGCUGCUGUGUUCUGCAGAUAGAUCAGUUGAAGUAACCUUCUUUGAUGACCGGCAAAAUUCCUACUUUCCUCAUCAUGUGCAGUUGCUGAUCAAAGGAGAGGGUCUUACCAAAGAAGGAAAAUUGAAACGUGUAUUUGAAGCUGAAAAGGAGGAGACGUGUAGAUCAGGCAGGACUUCAAAUUCUAAAGUUGUGUCCUCAAUGAAAGAUAGCUCUGGGGUUUAUAUAGACAGGGACACUGGUGCUUGGCAAGAAAGCAAUAAAAUCUCCGAACAGAAUUUUUCUCUGAUAUAUAAUUCACCCACCAAUCAAGUUGCUUAUGAAAAUUUUCCUGGGAACCUACUAAAGGAUGCAUUAGGAUCUAAGUUAUCCAACUUAGAUGCUAAUGGAGAGAUAGAUUCUCCCCAGCAAAGGGUCUCAGGGCAGCUUGAUGUAGAAAAACCAGCAGAGUUAGUUCCAGGAACAGAUGAUUUCGAUACAAAUAUCUUUGGUGAUCAUGAAAUAUCAGUGGAUGCUAAUUUUGCAGGAGUUAGUGGUCCUGCUCUAUUAAAGAAUGCAGAUGAAACUCCUACAGCUUCUGUAAAUGGACGUCUUUGCUGUAUUUCAAUUUAUGAAACUAAGGGUGAUAGUAGUGAAAAACAGAAAAUAAAAUCAGGUACCUGUCAUAUUCAGCAUGCAGACUCCUACUCAAUGGGGAGAUGUGGAGGUGAUGAAAACGAUAUAUCUAUGGUUCCUGUAGAAUCAAAUUCAACUGGAAAUCAGACUCCAAAGAAAUCCAUCCAGCCAGGGAGAAGUUCUAGCUCCCACAUGGAGGGUUCAUCAUUCCAUAAGCGGAGAAAGAUUGAGAGCCAACUGACAAGCCCACUGUCUGCUUCAUUAAGCUUGAAGGAUCUAGGUAUGGAAUCAAAUGAUAAAGAUCAGAAUGCAGUGCGUGGAUCUAUCUCUUCCUCUAAGUUGCAAGUCGAUAAGGGUGAAUUUAGCUUGGAAGAGAAGGAAACCAUGACAGAAACUCACUUAGGUUUUGUUGACGAAGGAUUGCUUUCAGUUUUAUGUUCAUGCAAGGAGGCUCCUGCAGAUUCUCAAGCUUAUUGCUUGGAGGAAACAGGGGUGGCAGAUCGAAGCAGCAUUACCUCUGGUUCAAGCAUGCAACUUGAAAUACAAGAGAAUCAAAUUUUAUUAGAAGCUGAAGACAAACUUGGGCAAAAAGACACAGAACACUUGAUUUGUGAUGAAGGAAGCCUGCUAGAAAGUUUGUCUCAUCUGAGAGAAACUGAUACAUUUCCAAAUUAUUCUAUUGAUUUUCAACAUAGACAACAUAUAGAGUUGCUUAGUGCUGAUCAGACCAAGCCUAAAUUUGAGGGGUUCAUCAUGCAAACAGAUAAUGAACAAACAUUGAAUGCUGGAGAAGGAAUUAGCAUUGACAAAUUAGAGCCUCCAAAAACUUCAGUAGAACAUGUCAGCCUUUUGGAGCAACUUUGCAGGUCUGCUUGCUUCCGAACCCCAUUUUCACCUUUUCCAACCGCAUGUAAAAUGCAGAAAUCACCAAGUGUGCAUCAGUCUGUUCCAAAUGGACUUCUGGAGUGCAUGGGCGUGGGGAACAUCCUUCCUAUCAAUUCUGAUACCAGCCAGCCUAAGGUUAGCCUGAGUUCCUUUGGAGAGGAAGUCAGCCAUGCCUUACAUGGGAAGUCGUUCCCUAUUUCUAGAUCUCAGCAAAUCUGGGAUAGCAAGCAGCCUUACACAUCUCCAGUAGGCAAGCUGUGGGAUAGAAUCACAUCAUACUCUGGCAAUUCAGGGAAGAGAGGAAGCACAAUUCCAGAUCUUCCCUGCAUUACUGAAGAAAAUGAAAAUAUAGAUGAAGUGGCUGGUGCAUUUGAAGAAGGGAAUGGUUCUGAAGCUGUGACUUGCCCUGUAAAGAGAAAGCCACUUGCCGAGAUUAAAGAAGAUCCAAAUGUGGCUCUGCUAAUUUCUGAAGCUGAGUUAUUUAGUUCUAGAAACAGUCUGGAAUCUGCGAGCAAUGAUUACAGUGUCAAUUGCACUAAGAACAGUGUCAAGCAGAAGGCUGCAAUCGGUAAGACAAGUAAGAGAAGAGAUACCAAUACGUUGAAUGAGAAUCAUAGUAUGCUGGGAGGGGAAAAUGGUACCAAGAGGGCAAGUGAAUCAGUUUGCAACAGAUUCAAUAAGUUGAAACUAUCUGGAAAAGAGAGUCUGAGAAAAGGUGGUCCUAGUUUCUUAGAGAAGGAGUCCAAGAUUAACAAUAUAGUUAUUAAUACAUCUUCCUUCGUAACCGUUCUUCAGCAAAAACAGGCAGCCGCCAUUGUUAAAGGGAAGAGGGAUGUUAAAGUGAAGGCCCUGGAGGCUGCUGAAGCAGUGAAGCGUCUUGCAGAGAAGAAAGAGAAUGAAAGAAAGAUGAAGAAGGAAGCCUUAAAACUUGAGCGAGCAAGACUGGAGCAAGAAAAUUUGAGGCAAUUGGAUCUUCAGAGGAAAAAGAAAGAAGAAGAACGAAAGAAAAAAGAAGCCGAGAUGGCUGCAAGGAAAAGACAGAGGGAAGAAGAAGAAAAGUUGGAGAAAGAGAGAAAAAGGAAACGCAUUGAGGAAACAAGAAAGCUGCGGCGUGAAGCUGAGAAGUUACGUGUGAAGAAGGAUGAAAAAGAAAAGUUCCAAGAACAGGAUGAGAGAGUAAAUGAGAUGAAGAUACCUAAUGGUCAGACUGUGAAGAAUGAUAAAAUGGAAAAGGAAGCAAGAGAAGAAUGUAUUGGAAAAAAAUCAGCGAUCAAAUACAGGACAACUGAGGUGUCAAUGAAUGAUUCUGGAAAGAUAAGCUCAGUUCUCGAUGAUUAUAAUUCUAAGGUAAUUAGGGAAGUAGAGAAAGGAAAAGGAAACAAUAACCUAAUUGCCAAUACAAUACAAGAAGAGUCAUAUGAUAUUUCUCCAUACAAAGGUUCAGAUGAUGAAGAUGAAGAAGAUGUCCCAAACAGAAAGUUUAUCCCUUCGUGGGCCAGUAAAAGUUAUCUCGCUUCAAUCGUAGCAUCCCAGAAAAAUGUAGACGCAGAAGUGGUCUUCCCCCCAGACAGCUUUUGCAGCAUGGAUGAAGUUCUCUUGCCUAGAAAGCAUCAGUUAAGAAGAGGGCCUGUGAAUUAAAACUGAAUGGCACAGUUUUAGAUCCCUCAUUGCAAUCUUCAGCCAGCCCACGUGAGAGCUUCUGUAUGAUUAAGAAGAUAGCUAAGAGCUCUCUGGCAAAGUAGGUGAUUCUUUUUGACACUAUGUAGCUGAAUAUUAAAGAACUAUAGUGAUGAUGUAUAUAUAUAUAUCCUUAUUGUACCAACAGUAAUUCAAACUGUUUGCAAACUAUUUCGAGUCAAGAAAUUCCAUUGCCAAUGAACGGUGAGUGCUUUU